CUCCCGCUAUUAGUUUACCAAAAAAAACAACCUCCUAAACAAGAUGGCUGCUGAAGUAAACAAACUUUGUUGCAUCUUUAUUUAUUACGGAAAAGUUCUAAUACAAUUGUUUAAAAACAGAUGUUUCGUUUAAAUCAGAAUGUCAACAUGUGAAACAGAGGUACAUCGGAGAUCAAGAAACAAAGGAUGAUGACCAACCAAGACGCAACACAUCCAACAACAACGUGUGAUGAAUGCCAAACAAAAGGCUUUAGAGGCGUGAGAUGGAAAUGUACCCAGUGUUUCAACUAUGACCUUUGUGAUGAGUGCUACAACGACAACAAACAUUUCCUGGACCAUGUUUUCUGGAAGAUUGUGUCGCCUGGCUCAGAAAGAGUUGUAUCAUCGCCUAGGUCUACACACAAAGUAACCACGGACCAAAGUGGACCAGAGCAAGAAAUUUACGCAACACAUCCAACAACAACGUGUGAUGAAUGCCAAACAAAAGGCUUUAGAGGCGUGAGAUGGAAAUGUACCCAGUGUUUCAACUAUGACCUCUGUGAUGAGUGCUACAAGGACAACAAACAUUUCCUGGACCAUGUUUUCUGGAAGAUAGUCAAGCCACGAGUAGAAGGUGUAAUUACGGCACCACGAUCUAGACAACCAGUGAACAGUGAACGAAGUCAAGCAACUAGACAAGCACUUCAGAUUGUGACACACCCAAAUAUAACCUGUGAUGGCUGCAACACAGAAGGCAUUGUGGGUGUGAGAUGGAACUGUGCUCAGUGUGUUAACUAUGAUCUGUGUGAAGUUUGCUACAAUAGCAACAAGCACUCUCUUGAUCACAAGUUUAGAAAAAUUGUUCAGCCAGGGGUACAGGGGGUAAUUGUGUCACCUCGAUCAGCACAGCCAAUCAGCUCUGAUCAUAUUGGGGCAGAUCAAUCAAAUUAUUCAAAUAUCAUACACCCAAAUAUUACCUGCGAUGAAUGCAAGGUACUAAAUAUUCGAGGUGUGCGAUGGAAAUGUCUUCAGUGUGCAGACUUUGAUCUGUGUGGUACCUGUUUUAGAAAUAAGAAACAUUUUCCAGAGCACCAAUUUAGGCGGAUCACUCAACCCUUGGCAGCAAGAAGAGUCACAGUAAAUAGCUCAACAUACCUUGUUAAUACUAACCAAAAUAGAGAGGGACAACAGGUUGAUAUAGAUACACAUCCAACAACAACGUGUGAUGAAUGCCAAACAAAAGGCUUUAGUGGUGUGAGAUGGAAAUGUUCUCAGUGUAUUGAUUAUGACCUGUGUGAUGAGUGUUUCAAAUAUGGCAAACAUUCUCCGGAUCAUGCAUUCUUUAAGAUCGUCAAGUCGGGUGCAGAAAGAAUCGUUGAACCUCCUCGCUCAGAAAACCAACUGAUGUCUGAUCAAAGUUUGCCAAAUUGUGUGAAACACCCUUUUAUUACCUGUGAUGAAUGCAACACAGAGGGUAUAACAGGUGUCAGGUGGAAAUGUACUCAGUGCCCUGACUAUGACCUGUGUGAUGGUUGUUACCAUGGCAACAAGCAUAACCUGGACCACAAGUUCUGGAAAAUUCCUAAGCCUGGCUCUGAAAGAAUAUUGAUUGUUGCUCGCUCCUUGGAUGUGAAACAAGAUCACAAAUCUGACCUUGAGCUUGAAGACAUCAUCAGGCGUGUUGUGGAACUGGACAUUCCAGAAGAGUUGGUCAGGCAGGUAGUGGCAGCCAAACAAACCAUCCCAGCAUUCACCUCUGUCGAGGAGCUGACCAGUACUGUGUUGGCGUCACUUGAAACUACUCACACAGGACCACCAGAGGUGGCCAGUGAAGCAGGAAGUGGGGCGGCACCAGCGUUGACCGACGCUGGGAGUGAUGACAGACUUCAGUGUAAAGUGUGUCUGGACGCGGAGUGCGAGAUGACCUUUGUGCCGUGUGGUCACCUGGUCUGCUGUAGUGAGUGCGCGGAGGGUAUGAAAGCGUGUCCCAUUUGCCGUGCUGACAUUCAGUGUCAAAUACGAACUUAUUUAUCAUAAUCAAUUUAUUUUAAUUUACCAUACACAUACAAAAAUACCUACAAAAUAACUUAUAAUAUUAACAACAAAUCAUGUAUUUCUG